CUUUCGUUUCCGAUCGGUCAAUAUUUUGGAAAGGACAAAUUAUGGCGACCUCCGAUGCAGAGGCGUGAAAAGGCUAUUAAUUUAUCUUUACUUGUCUGAUUAAAUGUAUUUGAGCGCAUAUUAAAAAUAGUCAUGGGUGUUCUCAGACAUGUUGUGUGUGCUAUGUCUGGAGGGGUUGACAGUUCUGUCAGCGCACUGUUACUCAAAAGAAUGGGCUAUCAUGUGACGGGUGUGUUCAUGAAGAACUGGGACUCUCAGGAUGAGAGAGGGCUGUGUUCAUCAGAGAGAGACUGUGAAGAUGCUUAUAAAGUGUGUAAGAUGCUGGAUAUGCCUUUCCACCAGGUCACAUAUGUUAAAGAAUACUGGCAUGAAGUAUUUAGUAAUCUUCUUUGGGAAUAUGAGCAGGGCAGGACACCAAAUCCAGACAUAAUGUGUAAAAAACACAUCAAGUUUAAGCACUUUUAUCAUUAUGCAGUUAAUACUUUAGGUGCUGAUGCCAUGGCAACGGGACACUAUGCCCGGACAUCCCAGGAGGGCGAUGAGGUUUUUCAACAGAAGCACGUUCCAUUUCCCAGAACCCUCUUCAGAGAACGGUUUGAAACUCGAAGGCCUGUGCAGCUCUAUCAGGGUGCGGAUCACUUGAAGGACCAGACAUUCUUCCUCAGUCAGAUUUCCCAGGAUGCUCUGCGACACACAAUAUUUCCCCUAGCUGGGCUAACCAAAGAAUUUGUGAAGAAAAUAGCUGCUGAGGCUGGCUUCCAACAUGUUCUAAAGAAAAAAGAGAGCAUGGGGAUCUGUUUCAUUGGAGAGAGAGAUUUUGAGAACUUUAUCCUUGAGUACAUAGAGCCCAAACCAGGAAAUUUAGUUUCCAUUGAAGAUGGGAAGAUCAUGGGGCAGCAUAAAGGCUGGUUCACAUUAACACUGGGUCAGAGGGCUAGAAUAGGAGGGCAGAUAGACCCUUGGUUUGUAGUUGAUAAAGAUACCACAACCGGUGAUGUAUUUGUGGGUCCAACCACUAACCAUCCAGCGCUGUUCCGAGACACAUUACAGACAGACUGCUUCCACUGGAUAGCCGAAGAGCCACCUGUUAAACUUGUCCACACUCAGAUGAUGGAAUGUCUUUUCUGUUUCAAUAACCGGAUGCCUUUAACUCCAUGCACUGUAACCUUGAAUCUAGAUGGGUCAGUUUGGGUAAUGUUGAAAGAGCCAAUAAGAGCACUGACACCUGGACAGUUUGCUGUCCUAUACAAGGGAGAUGAAUGUUUGGGCAGUGGGAAGAUCAUUCAUCUGGGACCCACAAUAUUCAAUUUACAGAAAGGUCAAAACUGCAUGACCUGCCCGCCUAAAGACACAAAAACCCAGCAACAUCCAGAGCCUGUCAGCUGAGACACAUGCUGUACAAACCAGCACAAAUACGUUUUAUUUUUUAUAUUAAAGACAUUAACAAGAACUUAACAGGAAUGACAAGAGCAGACUUUUGCUGUGUAAUGACUCUCUUACUAUUCACAGAAAUUUAGGAAGCGGGAAUCCUUAAUGUGAGUUUUGUAAUUGUAAUUUAUUUGUAUAAUAUACAUAUUCAUUGUUGUAUUUUUCUUUCGGUUUUGGUUAAAGUGCCCUUAUUGUGCAUCACAUUAUGAUCUAUGCAAUUUUAAGACAAAUAUUAAGGUACAGGUUCA